GUCUUAUUGAUUGUUUCUUGCUGACAUAAUCAUACUUAGAUAAGUGGCACACUCUUCUGGGCGACUUGAGUGGACCUUCAAUUACAUAAGCGGCCAGGACAGACUGCCCAACUUCUGAUCACCGGUUGUCCCGCCAACACGGAUCACAUUCCAACAUCAUUCAGCCUCAGUUCUUUGGGCUUCAUCAACCGUCCAUACUUCACCACCUGGCCUGCCACGACAUCGGAGGAAGCUAUGUGCAGUAUUGAUAACUGUCUAGAACGCAUCGACGAAUGGCUGCUGGCUCUACCAAGCGACAAACUCGACCUCACAAAACCGCCCAACACGGUUGCUUCCCCGGCCAUCACAGCAACUCGCGCGCCAUUUGUGUUCAUGUAGUGAAUCGACGCGGGAAUGACUCUGAUAAAAUGAAUCUUCACGUAAAUGGGUGGCGAGACAGGUUUAUGACCCUCUGUGUGGGCGUCAAGUCUUCGUGGGAUAGCACGCGUGUCUAUGAGAUGGGCACCUCGUUUGCAUUCCCCGUUGCGGCGGGCAUUGAGGGCAAUGCUCUCGGAUAGGCCGCAUAAAGCGAGAAGCUGGGCAAGUUGUUGACCUAUGAAGCAAUGAAUUCAGGGGAGGCCGACGGAAUAACGAAG